AUGGAGAGAGUACACCGGUUUGAAAAGGAGUCCGAGGAUGAUGAUUCGGAAGAGUUUGAGGAUGACGAGGUCUUCCAGUUAGCGGAUAUAUAUGACAAGUCCAAGUUCGGACCAGCUCUUUCGGCGAAAGUAGCGGAGAGCAUUACUUCUGCCGUCAGAACUAGGGCGGACGUGAGUAAACUGAACGAACUGUAUAAAAUUCCUGAGAAUAUUGAGGCACUGUUGCCUCCGCAUACCAACCACGCGGUGUGGAAUUUCGUUGGGGCCAACGCCCAGACAUGUGAUAGAGCCUUGCAAGAUUUUCAGAGACUUCUGGGCCAUGCUAUGGUCCCUUUUCUGACUUUGGUCUCCAAAUUUCAGAAGUUUGGGAAGAAGGGGACGUCAGAGAUUAGUGUUGAUUCAAAAGAGAUUAAGAAGACGUUGUCCGACGGACUAAGUCUUUUAUGUAAUGUGCACUAUGAGCUGUCAGUGAAACGGAGAUGGUUUAUUCGUCCGUCAUUGCCCUACAAACACUUGUAUCCGUUGUGUAAUGCUGAUACUGCUAUCACUACAGAACUUUUCGGUGAUAAUGUAGAGAAGAGAUUUAAGGAGCUUGAUGACUUGAAUCGUUGCACGCAGAGGAGAGGUCGAGCUUUCGGCAAUCGAUACAAUUCUGGCUAUCGUGGUGGACGGUCAUCAAAAAACUGGCAGGCCCCGUGGGGGCGAGGAGGCUACAGAGGGUCCCAGUCUCACAGAGGGAACUCGAGGUAUCACAGAAGGGGGAGAAGACAGUUUCAGAGCAACCCCAGCAACGAUGCCAACCAGGGGGCAGCAAAAACAGUCAACCAGUAGCACUAAAGGACACUGAACCUGACCGCAUGCGUCAUCUCAGGGCAGCCCUCCAUCAUAGAGGCUUAUCAGAAGAGGCUACCGAUGUGGCGCUCCAC